AUGCCUAUCUGUAUAUCUGUAAGACGAGGCGGCAGCCGCGGCCUCCUUGUCCAAAAAAAGAUCUUCAUCGGUCGCGAGCGGAAUUACCUGCAUACAGAGUCGUGCCGGCCGCUGAAUAUGCUCAAGACAAUAGGUGCCUUUGCUUAUCAAGUAAGAAUCCAGGUGGACAUGAGGGAGAUUCGCAGGCCGCAUGUCAAAGUAUGGGGGAGAAUCUUAGUGCGCUACGCGGGAAUAACUUUGAUCAGUGAGCGGCCCCCCGGCACAGGCACGGUCAUGGAGAUCGAACGAUUUGUAUCUGAGGGUGGACUUUUUUGA